GACGAAAGGUUAACUAAGAAUAACUUCCGGAUGGAUGAGCGUUCGCUUCCGGGUUACGCACUUCCUGGAGGAAAAGCCUAAGGUUUUUUUCUUUUCUUUUGGAUGAGCGGUUCCUAACUUGUGAUGCAUCCGAACUUGUCACCUCACCUACAUACUGAAGAGUGUAAUAUUCUCAUCCGUCAACUUCAAAAGUGCCACAAGGAGCAUUCCUUCUUGAAAUUUUUUGGCCAUUGCAAUGAUUUUGACAGAGAAAUGAGGAAAUGCCUAAGGAAAGAGUACGAAGCCAACCGAGCCAAGAGCCACCAACAUGCAAAGGAGAUGCACCGGAGGUUGAGGGAGGCUUGAGACGAGGGUUAGAACUAGAAGUGGCUAUUCAGACACAAUGAGGUCAAUGGAAAAAGUACCUUUUCUACUGUCUACAGCACACUGAAAAAGUAUUUAACCUGCAGUAAUAAAAA